UUUCCUAAUAUUCUUAUAUGCGCAUGUUAGCAUAUUUCAAUAAUUUUGUUUUGCAAACUAACAGCAGCUGCCGAUUUCAAACAUUGUUCAAGUGUACAGUUGUAUUCUUUACCAAAGAUAAAACUAAAAAAUAAAGAAAUAAAGUCACCACCUGUUCACUUUUUGCUUUUUUUUUUUUUUUUUUUUUUUUCUUCUCAAGUCGAAAUAAAUAAUCCGGUCGGAGCUCCGGGGUAAAAGGAAAUGGAUAGUCACGAUGGGUGUGGGUACGGGUCGGAUCAGAGAACCUACGGGACUCGUGAUCGGAGUACGGAAAUCGUGAGUGGUAAGAGUAAUCAGAUCUACGGGACUCAGGAUUAUCCUCCGUCAUUGCCGCCGCCGCCGCCGGGAGAAGUAGCGGCGCGUAAGAGCAACGCGUCGUCGACGACGAAGCUGUCUUGGGGUUUAAGCGAUGCGGAGAUGAAGAGGAAGAAGAGAAUCGCGAGGUAUAAAGCUUAUACGGUUGAAGGUAAAGUUAAAUCGACUGUGAAGAAUGGAUUCCGAUGGAUUAAGAACAAAUGCUCUCAUCGUUUUUGACUUUUUUUCGACGAGUUCUGUUCUUGGUGCAUGCGGUGGUCGUCGGGUAAAAAACAUGAAUAUGAGAGUUUUUUGUUUUGUUUAUGUUUCGUUAUAAUCGUACUUAAUUUAUUUGAUUAGCUAGUAUAUCACAUUGCUUUCAAGUUACUUUUUUCAUAGACGGAAACAGUAACGGAGAUGAUGUACUUUUUAAUAUUUGCAUGGACAAUGACUAAAAUAGUUUAGAUUUUAAAGAUGUUGAAAGAAUAGAAUAAUAAUACAAAUGAAAAAUGUUUUAUUUUA